AUGACAAAGCUUGUGUCGGUGGUAAAGGCACGCUCAUUUAUAGAGCGAUGUAUGACAGCCAUAGGAACAGAUCCCAAACACAGUUUAGCUAUCGCUAAUAUACUCAUCGAGGCUGAUAUUAGAGGUCAUUUUACUCACGGGCUCUACCGAUUAGGUAAGCGAUUAUAGUUGAAUCAUCGUUUUUAUAAUAGACCAUUAUUGUUUAACGCACAAUCUUAUAAACAAGCAAGCAAGAUUGUUCGCAUCUGCAGACGAGAGAAAGUAUGUUUCUUUUUUCUUUUAUAUGCCAAAAAUAAUCUUGGUUGAAAUUUCGAUGUAACAAACGUACACGAACGCAGUUUUUCACAAGAACUGGCAUAUGUCUGGAAACGUUCUGAAAGGCGAUAAAACAUCUAUAGAAAGUAUUUCAUAUUUAGAAGUGUAUUUAAGUUUUACAUCAUCUCAAAGCAGUGACAAGAAAUAGAAUCUUGCUUUCCCCACCUCGCCCCGCCGAGCUUGAGGUUUCCUUAAAAUAGUUAUGCAACCAAGAAAGCGUUACCGAACCCGUGAGCAUGCGACAAACAUGUGACUCGCUUCUCAAAAUUGAUUAUGCUCAGUCUUGACAACCCUUAAUCGAGACUGCUUAACUUUGCGUUAUCUUUUUUAAAGAAAUGUAUAUGCGUGACAUUGAGAGUGGCGUCACGCAAGCGAGAGGCGAACCCAGUCUUGAAAAGGAUUUUGCAGCGACUGCGCUGGUGAAUGGUAACAAUCUUCCUGGUGUGGUAAAUAAAGUCAAGCUUCUUUUUAUUUUAAUUUUGUUCCUUUGUAUGUGAAAAGUCACCGUGCAAGUCACCGUGAAAUCCCAGUUUAUAGUCUUUUGGGGUUAAGUAAUUGUGUGCCAAGUUUUGCGUGAGUGCUUUUAAAGGAAACUGUAAACAAAUCUUUUAAAGCAUAUGAGAUAUUUGGAGCUGAAAUUCUUACAAAAUCGGAUCUCUCUCAUUAAGUCGUGUCACGCAACGUAAUUGAAAUUUGCGUGACGAUCUUAAUCUACGUUAGGAUACAACACAAAGCAACGCUUCCAUUUGAGUUAAUUCUUUCUGUCACGAAACAGGUUGUUGGUAACUUUUGCAUGGAUUUAGCCAUCAAGAAAGCAAAGGAAUAUGGAAUUGGUUAUGUCGUGUGUAAAGGUAACUAAUAUUUCUGUAAACAUUGUUGUAGGCGUGUACUUGUCCCAAACAAGUAGUGAAGCUUUGCUUCCGACGGAAUAACGCAAUCAGGUGAACACUCGGACUUCCUUCGCAGUCGUUUACGGAAUGUCAUGUAACGAUGCACCCCUUCCCCUCCCCCGCCCGUCUUUUAUCACCCCACCGAAAAAGGAAGGGGCUUCCAGGUGGACUGCUAAUCGCUAAAGCGGAGAAAAAUUGAAACGGCCAUUUUUUUUCAUUUUUUCUCCUGCUAAAAGAUAUGUCAACUGACAGAGGGGGUGGAUUAGUGUCAAAAGUGUAGACUGUUUUAAGAAGUGACUGUUUCCGUGAGGUGUGGUUAAAUCAAAGCAAAAAACAUUGGGUUUCCGCUUCCCCCCCCCCCAAUUUAGUUAGGUCUUUCUAUGAGAACUUUGGAAAAAACCGUCAAACCUCACUUGUCGCGUUUCAGGUUCUACGCAUUUUGGUAUAGCUGCUUGGUACAGCGCUCAGGCACUGCAGCAUGGAAUGAUAGUAAGUCAAAAACACCCCACAUCUAUGUCGGCACUAUAUUUUGGAAGUAUAUCCCACAAAAGUGACUAGUGCUUUAGGCGGGUUAGGAUUUCUCGAGGGUGAUUACCCAGGCACUGAAGAGAAAUAAAGCGGCUUUCCAUUUCGCUGCUAUUUUCGUAGUUUUUCGUUCCGACCUCAAAUUUUAGAGCAAAUACUAAAAUAAAAAGUCUUUACGAAAACUGGCCAGCACACGGUACAUCGAUGACGAUAUUAAGAGUGAAACAUGUGAUAAUUUUGGUCUUUCUACUGAAAGAAAUAUUUUACCGGUACACGGGCAGCAAUAUCCGCGCACCUGCCUUUGCACGGCGCGCGAGACUUUAAACUCUCUCAGUCUUUAAUAAAAAUAAAGCAGUUUUUUGUUCCGCAAGUUGUUCACCUUGUAUGGUUUAUGCUCAACAAAUACUGACCUCAUUGUCGGGGAAAGUGGUAGCGGCGCGGUAAUUGUCCAUCAGUAGUAACCUCCGCGUCGGUAAAAAAUUAUUAGUCAGAAUGGAAAAAUAUUGAAAUACGUGAGAGUUGCUUCAUUCUUUCGGUAUCUUAGGGUAUGAGCAUGUCGAACACCUCCCCUGUGGUGGUACCAACCAGGGCAGCCAAGGUAAGUUUCUCAAGAAUAUAGUACGUCGAUUAUUGGGUUCCCUGAUUACUUUAUGAAGAACAUGAAACAAACACCCGAGCUUGCGUCAGAGUAAAGAGAGUUUGACAUAUCUACAAGCGCAGACUAGACAAUAGUGCACACGCUAACAUUGCACAGAAUAUUAACAAAGUCAUCAAACAAGUAAAAAAUGUUUGCCUCACCUGUCGUCCGCCGUCGCUCUGGGCUAUUUGUGUUCAUACGUUUUCAGAUUUAGCUUCGUUUAAGCUUUACCCUUGCGCUUUGGAUUGGUUACUUGUUUACCCGCUUGCGCUCUCGGAUUGGAUGCUGUAACAAAAAGUUAACACAGGAGCCAAUCAAAGCGAAUGGCAAUUUUGGAAGGAGCCAGUCAAAAUUCAAAGUAACACAGGUUACCCACCCGCCCGCAAACACAAGGUAACCAACCUUGAGUACGGGAAUAACGCGCCAUGACUGUAUUUUAUUUUUGCGUCUGACAGGUUGAGGAAGUAGGAGCAGUUUUUUUUUCAAUCAUUUAGAGAGAAUAGCGAGGAAAAUGCUCCAUGAGCACAAGCUACUUUCAAAUCGUUAUCGACUGUGUUAAGAUUAUUCAUUGGCUACGCUCUGUAAAAAAAAUAUAUAAAACACCUGAAAUAGCUUUAUGACAGCUUAGCGUCUUGACUAAGCUAUGUUUAGUUGAAGUAGAAUCGCAUCUGUCGAAAUUCCAAUCAAGUAAACCAUGAAUAAAGUAAUUUCCUUACCUUAGUGAUUGCACAUAGUGUUUUAAUCUUAUUUCAUUACACAGCCAUCCAUUGGAACAAACCCUCUGUCAGUUGCCGCCCCAGGGAGGGAAGGCGACAAUUUUCUCCUGGAUAUGGCUACUUCAGCAGUGGCAUUUGGAAAGGUAACAAAUAGCGUUUGAUCGACUCGACUUUGUCUGUUUCCUCCGAAAGAAAAAGAUAAAUGAGCCGACAGAAAGACUGAGAGAAGGACAGACAGACUGACCAACGUGCAGACCACAGACAAGCAGAGAGGGAGACAGGCAGGCAGGAGAGAAAACACAUAAACAGACUGGUAGAAAAAGGAGGUUGACAGAUUGACUGAUAGACAAAAAGAAUCACUGUAUUACUUCAUUGGCGGAUCUAGAUAGUGUGUGGGAAGUGGGGAGGGCGUCUGGAUCCCCUCAUUGGAUCUGUGGGUUCUUUUAUUACUUUUCUGGCAUCGAAAUUAUAGCAGCAACUGGAUCACGUAUGAUUUGUUCUUUUGUGUAACGCAGGGAGGGGGAGGAGGGGGGUAAUGGGUAGGCGUCGGUUGGUCAAGAAGUAGAUUCGCAAUCCUCAUUAAAAAAUUCCUGGAUAUGUUUCCUGUUCCUUGAGAUUGCUGCUUACUUUCUUUGUUUCUAAAUGUGCGUGUUUAAACUUAGAGUUUCUUUCUUUAUUUAGCUUAGAAUGUGUCGUGUAAAAGGAACUGAAAUGCCUCAAGGAUGGGGUGUCGACUCAAAAGGAUUGGUAAGAAAUCAUGUGAAAAAUCCGCGGUUAACAAGCAACGCUACGACUGGCGAAGACACGCCUUUUGCAGUCGAAGUCCAAGAGCUUUCACAUUUUAACUUUCUUUUCUUUUAUCCCUGUAUUUAUUUCGGCACGUCAGGUCAGUUCAUCCUCUGAAGAAGUAUUUUAUGGGCCAGUCUAACCCUAGGCAUGUAGACAUUUUCAUGAUAUUUGAAUUUCUUUAAACGCGACAUAAUCCCGAUUGUCCAAGAAGUUGGUAAAAAAAAAAAUAAAUAAAAAAACCGGUCAAAGGUCUGCGCAUGUGCGAACGUUGUAAUGACCAGGUCAUAGUCACAUGCUUUUAGGCCGUCAGAAAAAAGUUCUCUCACAAAUAUUACAAACAGCCACUUCAAGCCAGUAAGUCACAGUGUUUUAAAAGCGUAUGACUCUUUUGGUAAAGCUCAAAAAAAUGAUGGUAAAUCAGCAAGAUCCCCGUACUUGAAUAAGCUUGUGCUCGAAAAGUCUCGAGUUUUCCAUUCCCUACUUUGUUUCUUUUUAGAGAUCUUUAGGAACUUUUCAAUUUUCUUUCGCUAAUUUGGCGAGACAGCGGUUACCUUAUGUUUUCCUUCGGAGUUUUGCGCAGGAAACUGGUGCGUGAGCGGCCAAAAUUGAUCCCCUCGCGCAUGCCCAACAUUUGACCGCUGUGUUGUAAAAAGUCCACUUCAUCGGCUCAUUGGUUGUCCUUUUUACUGGCCCUUAAGGGGUCAUAGCUUGAAAAAUCAGCCUUCUUAAUUCACUGCAAUAAUUAUUUCAACUUUUUAAUUUCUUCGUUGGUGUUUUUAUGUUACUUCUGAAGGAGAUAAUAUGCGUUUUGUUAGGAAACUGUUGAUCCUGUGGAGGCAAUGGACCGGGGUGGACUUUUUCCCUUAGGUGGAGCAGAAAUCACUGGUAAGUCGGAUCAAGGUCGGUACCUGAGCAGCUGUGCACUUACCCCUCCCCUAAUCCAACAACAGUCAAUUGAUAACAAGUUAGAGUUAAUGUUGGACUAGGGGAGGGGUAGGUGCAUGCAAAGUUGCUCAGAUACUGACAUUGAUCUGCAACUAUUUUCACAUUGUUUGGAAAUCAGACGAAACUAUCUGUUGUGCGUAACAUAUUUCUUCUGUUGGCCAGGUGGAUAUAAAGGCUUUGGAUUAGCCAUGAUGGUGGAUGUGUUUUGUGGGAUGUUAUCGGGAUCUACGUUUGGAACAAACAUCAAACGCUGGAAAGGAGAAGAAGAACGAGUACAUAAUUUGGUAACAAAGUGAUUUCAGCUGUUUUAUUCACUGCUUAUUUGUAAAAAUGACAUGUUGAAAUGGCAAUGUUACCAUCUGUUAUUGUUUUUCAGGGUCAUUGUUUCAUAGCAGUUAACCCUAAAGUAUAUGCUGACGGAUUUGAGGAUCGUAUGCAAGCUUCGAUGGAUCAGUACAGAAAUUUGGAACCGGUUAGUGUGCGACGGAUGAUUUUAAGAGUUAUGAAAUGAAGACGCAACCAAACGCAAACAGAUUAAUUCGCAAACAAACAAAUAACAGUAAAAAGUGAAGGAUGGGUAGGCAUGCAGUAAGAUAGACAGAGAGACAGACGGACAGACGGACAGACGGACAGACGGACAGACGGACAGACGGACAGAGGGACAGACGGACAGAGGGACAGACGGACAGACGGACAGAGAGACAGACGGACAGACGGACGGAGGGACAGACGGACAGACGGACGGAGAGACAGACGGACAGACGGACGGAGAGACAGACGGACAGACGGACGGAGAGACAGACGGACAGACGGACGGAGAGACAGACGGACGCAUGAGCAGACCAUUAGAUAGACCGUCAUACAGUCCGACAGACUGCUAGAUAGAUGGAUGAGCAGGUUAUCAGACAGACAGACAAGCAGACCAUCUGACUGACAGGGUGGGAGAAAGAGAGUUAGAGCAGAGAGAACGAUGAACGUUGUGUUUGUAAAAUUUUUGAACCAAUUUCCCUCUGUAUUUGUGUGCUUCAGGCGGAGGGUGAGACCGCGGUUUUGGUGGCUGGAGAUCCUGAAAAAGAGCACAUGCGCAAAGUUUCUGAAGAUGGAGGCAUUUAUUACCAUGAAAAUGUGCUGAAAUCCAUGGUUAGUAUGUUUAUAAGUUUGAAAAUUGUCAUAGGAUUGUAAAACAGCACACAGCCACGUGGGUGGGACUCCCCGGAGCGACUGUGAAACUACCUUGCUGUAGACGGGGGAUUUUCCCGCAACGUGAGAGUUCCUCGCGGCAGACGUGGGACUCCUUGCAAAAUGGAAAAUUUUCUUAACCAAUUCGUGCUCGUGGUUUGAAGUUUAUUUGACUUCAAAAAGAUCUAAUUUUAUCACUGUUAGUAUGACACUACCACUCAAACAAUUAUCUAGGCAAAACAUGUUGGUUUGUCGUCUUGUCCACCAUGCGUGAAACCAGUUUGCUACAUUUUAACCCCCUUGGCAAGACAUCGCGAGGGAAGUAUUGAAAUUAAAGAAUCCAGAAAUGGAAGUCCCAUACACGACCUACCUACCUACUUUUGUAGUCUUUCCUGUCAUCUAGUUUUGCCCUCCACAUCCUCUCAUCAGUAUACGUAUCCAAGUUCUCCCUACUGUUCUCUUUACAUUUCCUAAGAUGCUGACAAGGAGAAUUUGCUUAACAAUCAAGAGCUUUUGUAGUUAGUGAUCAUUUCCUUUAUUCUCAUGACCUUAAUGUGUGAUUCAGGGGUGAUAUUGUGAGGAGAAAUUAGAUGCUAGUCACUCUUAGGGGUAAAAGGGUUGAAGGUAUCUUAGUUGACUUACCUCUAGAUGUGGGCACUAGGUAGUAGCAAGAAACUGCCUUCUUACAUUUAUGAUAAAAUCAUUGUAAUUAUUUACAUGACUAGUGUUGGUUUUUUUUUUGUUUGUAGGAUAAAAUUGCUGACAGAUUAGGUGUGGCCUACCUACUGAGGCAGUAAAAGCCUUGCUUAAUAUGCAAUAAAAUUCAUUAGUUUAUCGCAAGAUUCGGCGACAACGUGUCACCAGUAUCAAAUGUAAAAUUAUUAUAAGUUCAGUUACGUUAUAUAUUGAAAGGAAAGUGUGAAACUAAAUUAAAAUAAAAAUGAGAUGGAGUAAAACAAAAGAAUAU